GCAUAGGUUUUCAUUAAAAUUAAAUUUUAAUCAUUUGGAUAUUUAGGAUUAUAAAGAUUCAUUUGAAUGUAAUUCGGAAAAUGAUGAUCAACUUAAUGAAACUAGUGUUGAUCUUUAUCUUCAUCCAGUUCUUCAUAUAACUAAUCUAUUACCAAUUGAUAUUCAAUGUUUAUUUGAUAAUGUCGAACAAGUUGAUAUAAAACCAAGACAACUAAAUGAAAUUGCAUUUGGCGAUAAAUAUUCCACAUUAAUUUUCAUGAUUCCAUCUUAUCACAAAAUUAAAUGGAUCUCAGAAUCAAUCGAUUUAAAAGUUGAACAGAAUUGUCAUUAUAAUGAACGUUUUAUUAUCUUUCACGAUUCUACUUCUUCUAAUCCUAAACAAACAUUGAAUAUGAUUUUACGUGUUGAUACAUUGCAUGAAUCAUAUCGUUUAUUCUUAUAUUCACCAUUUUGGAUUAUUAAUCGUACAGAAUUACAACUUGAACUUCAAAUUGAAAAUAAUCGUACAUUUAUUGAAAUGACUGAGAUACCACUUUUAUUUUGUCUAGAAAAUUUUGAAAGUGAACCAAACAAAAAAACACAGGGACAACUUCGUCUUUAUGAUAUUGAUAACGAAAAUAAUACAACGAUUUGGUCAGAAAAAUUUUCACUUGAUAUUACUAAGAGUACUAGUAUGGUAUCUUGUAAAGUACCAAAUGAUCGAAUUUGUGUGGAUUUUUUAACAUCUUCAUUUGGUUUAACAAAGAUUAUUACAUUUUCACCAUCAAUAGUUAUUAUUAAUAAAUCAACUGUUGAACUUGAAGUUGUCGAAACAAUAUCAGAUACAGAACAAGAUAAAUGGAAAUCAAUUAAUCCUAAAUAA